AUGGAGAAAGCGGCAGCAGUCAGCGAGGGCGGCGGCAGCAACAGCAGCAGCCGCAGUAGUAGCCGCCCUACCUCGGCGGGCUCUUCUCCCUCGUCGUCCUCCGCCAGCCGCGGGCUGCCGGGCCGGGCGGCGGCCACGGGGAGACUGGAUGGAGGUGGAGGGGCCGGGGGCAGCGGCAGCCCCAGCUCGGCGGCGGCCAGCCCAGGGGGCGCGCAGGCGCCCGGUAGCGGCGGUGGCAAGCGGCGGGAGCCGGUGCUGGAAGGGACGCUCAGCAAAUACACCAACCUCCUACAGGGCUGGCAGAGCAGGUACUUUGUGCUGGACUUUGAGACGGGGAUUCUACAGUAUUUCGUGAAUGAACAAAGUAAAAACCAGAAGCCACGAGGAGCCUUGUCUUUAGCUGGAGCUAUAAUUUCACCCAGUGAUGAAGUGCCACACAUGUUGGUAGUCUACUCUGCGAAUGGAGAGAUGUAUAAGUUGAGAGCUGCUGAUGCAAAAGAGAAACAGUACUGGAUAACUCAGCUUCGGUCCUGUGCCAAACACCACAAGGAAGGUAAUUCUAAGGGCAUUUCAUCCUCACGAAGUAGAAGCUCAUCCCUGCUGCCACCUGGGACAGUUAAUUCUGCAUCUCCUAGUGCCCACAAACAUAUGAAUCAAAGUGGGCCAACUGUUGUAACCAUCACACAUCACAAGUCACCUGCAGCUGCUCGAAGAGCAAAGAGCCAGCGUUCUGGUCAACUCCAUGAAGUCAGAGAGAUCAUGAGCCAAGUUGAGGGACAGCAAAAGAAUCUUGUACAAGCCAUUGAAGCUCUCCCAAGUUCUGGCCCCCUUUCUGCCUUGGAUCAGGACUUGCUGCUUUUAAAAGCUACCUCUGCUGCCACCCUGAGCUGCCUUGGAGAAUGCCUGACUCUGUUACAGCAAAGCAUGCAUCAAGUGGGCCAGCACCAUAACAGGACACUGUCAUCAGAAGGUAUCCUGGGAUGGCCUGGGCCCAAGUCACACUCCACAGAUCAACUGAAAAACAGUGCCCUCAGCUCCCUGUCAUGUGCUAGUGCCAAUAUUACAUGGGCAAUAGUACCAUCUGUAGCCCAGGAUGUGCAGGCACUGCAACCAAAUACAGAGCCACAUUCAGCUUCUGAGUUGAUCCUAGUUGAAGAUGAAAUGACAGAUACUGAAGAUAAUGAAGAGGAGGAUUUAGGAGUCAUGGAUGAUCAACGUAGUAUAAUUCUCCAUCUCAUCUCUCAGCUCAAACUUGGCAUGGACCUUACCAGGGUAGUGCUUCCAACAUUUAUUUUGGAGAAAAGAUCCCUGCUGGAGAUGUAUGCAAAUUUCAUGGCCCAUCCAGACCUGUUUUUGUCAAUUGCAGCUGGAGCCACUCCUGAGGAAAGAAUUAUCUGCUUUGUGGAGUAUUAUCUAACAGCUUUUCACGAAGGCCGCAAGGGAGCAGUUGCCAAGAAGCCCUAUAACCCCAUAAUCGGUGAAACGUUCCAUUGCUCCUGGGAUGUGCCGAAAGAUAAAGUGAAAGCAUUCAGAACUAGUGGUGCUUCCAUGGUUUCUAAGGACCCAACCAAGGAGUCUGGCCAGGACCAGUCCACGUGCUACAAGCUGAGGUUUGUAGCUGAACAAGUAUCCCAUCAUCCACCGGUAUCUUGCUUUUACUGUGAAUGCAAGGAGAAGAAAAUGUGUGUGAACGCUCACGUAUGGACUAAAAGCAAAUUUAUGGGCAUGUCAAUAGGUGUUUCCAUGGUAGGUGAAGGUGUUCUUUACUUGAUGGAACAUGAAGAGGAGUAUGUUUUCACCCUGCCUAGUGCCUAUGCUCGCUCGAUACUUACUAUCCCGUGGGUGGAGCUCGGAGGGAAAGUCAACAUCAAUUGUGCCAGAACAGGAUAUUCUGCUACAGUCACCUUCCACACCAAGCCCUUCUAUGGAGGGAAGGUCCACAGGGUUACAGCUGAAGUGAAACACAAUCCCACUAACACCAUUGUAUGCAAGGCCCAGGGAGAAUGGAACGGGACGCUGGAAUUUACUUACAGCAAUGGAGAAACCAAAGUGAUUGACACAAACAAACUGCCUGUUAUCAGGAAAAAGAUCAGGCCCAUAGCAAAGCAAGGCCCAAUGGAAUCCAGGCACCUUUGGCAGCACGUCACCAAUUCUCUGAAAGAAGGAGACAUCGACGCAGCAACAGAACACAAGCACCGCCUGGAAGAGAGACAGCGAGCAGAGGAGAGGCAGCGUGCGGCUCUUACAACCCCAUGGAAACCAAAAUAUUUUGCCAAAGAGGGCGAUGGUUGGCUAUACUUGAAUCCUCUCUGGAAGACCCACUGAUGGGAUAGAGCAGUCG